AUGUUGGUUGAUGAAUCAGAGGAGGAUGAAACUGUAGCUGAUGCUGAUGAUGAAGGAGGUCAUGUUCGUUUAUCUCCUGAACCUGAAAAAUUGUUGAAAUCUCUUAAUGAAUACAAUGUUGAAGCUGAGAAAGCAACUGGUGAAGAAGGUGACAAUGUAGAGAACAGUUCAUCAAGCUCAUCUGAAUCAGAGAUUGAUGAAACUGAACAUUUGAAAAGAAUUAGAGCUGAAGUAGAAAAAGAAAAACAGUUAAAGAGAAAAAGGAGAGAGGAAAAAGAUGAUGAUUUAUACAUUACAUCUCCAGAUCAUGUUCAAACAGAAGUUCAAACACCACCAUCAUCUGGUGGUAGGAAGAAGGUGAAGAAGGUGGAAAAGAAAGUAGAAAAAGUGUUAGUUGAAAAUAAAAAAUUGGUAGAUAGUGAAAAGAAACUUGAAAAGCGUGUCAAGGCAGUAGAAGCUGAAAACUCGUCAUUGUUGAAAAGAGUUGAAGCUGAUCAGACUGACAUUGAUAUUCUCAAAGUACGUAUUGCUGAGUUAGAAGAGGAAAAGGCUCGGAGAGAUGAGCAAAAUGAGUAUUUCAAACUAAAGAACAAAGAGUUAGAGGCUGCCAAUGCAAAGAAAGAGCACGAGAUGUUUAUGGUGAACAAAGUGUUAGAAAAUUUGAUUGGGAAGUCUGUUGAACAAACGUUUGAAGAAAUUCAGGUUGAAGAGGUGAGAGCUCGUCGUCAAGCUGCGAUUGAAGCUGAGAUGAAGAAUAAGGGUAAAGGUGUUGAAGGUGUUUCUGAAGUUACUGAGAGGGCAAUCGUUCCAUCAACUAUACUUGAGUCACCUAUUCAAAAUCCUCGUCCUAUUUCUGCAGUUUCUGGUAUAUUUGAAGAAGAUGUAGAUGUUGAUGAUGUUGUAAAUGUAGAUGAAGAAGAGGAUGAUGAUGAAAGUAAGAAAGAUGAUGCAGACGAUGUGUUUUCUGCAAGUAGUGAUGAUGAUGAUGAUGAUGAUGAUGAUGAUGGGAAUGACGAUGAUCAAGGUACCUCAGGCAUUAAAGUUACUGAAGCUUCGAAUGAAGAGAAUGUUGAUGAUUAUCUUCAUGACGAUGCAAAUGAGGAGCCUGAGAAUGCAGGAAGUGAGGGGGAGCAUGUUGAUGAUCAGAAUGUUGAUGAAAGUGAAAAUUUAAUUCUGCGUCUUGAACUAGAUGUAGAAGAAGGUGAAAUCAGGCAUACUUAUACUCUGGAUGAUAUCAUCAAGAUGACACACAUUGAUGAAAGUACUUUCAAGUUUGAUUUCGAAGAAGAGCUAAAUCAGUUCGACAUCAAUCAGCAGCCCGAUUAUCAGUAUAAAUAUGUUGAAGAGGCUGACAAUUAUGAUAGGGUUGAAGUCGAAGAUUGUAGUGAUGAAGAAAAUGUGAAUGUUGAUACUUCUGACUUUCCAACGCUUGUUGAAUUUUUCAGUCAAGCAAACAUAGAUGAGUUAAGAAGGAGAGUUGAAGAAUGUUUAGAGGAUAAAAACUUUGACGGAACGUUGAAAGAUGAACAGCGGGAAGAGAGGAAGAAACGGUUCCGAAAAGACAUUGAAAGAAAGUUUAAAAGGCCACUGAAGUUUUAUAAGAGAGUCAGAGCUGUUUCACUGGGUGACAUUAUCAGUUGGGGCUUUCUGCCACAGGUUAAUGCGUAUGUUAUCCGUCGAGAGUAUGGAGUUCAGUAUUUUGCAUACAUUCAGGAUAUCAUGUCUUUAACCUGGUGGGAUGUUGAAGAACUUUCAAAAGUUAGAACGUUGAAUUAUCCUAUUAGAAAGCAUGAUGUGCCUGUUUGGGGUUUGAUAAAGUUUAAAGCUUACAAAGAGUUUAAACACUAG